AUGGAAAAUGCACUGAUAAUAAACCAAGCUUCGUUCCCAAGACUAGGAUCGCUAGAUGGAAGUUCCUUCUCACAAAAUACAUCAAAAUUAUGAUCGAAGGCUUCUGAGAAGAAUUACCAGCAAGCCUGAAAUGAGGACUUGUCAUGAGUUGAGUCGAAGUAUAUGGACUCGAAAUUCAGCCCAUUGAAGUCCAAAAGUGUUCACCAGAAGGCAUUGAAACGUAACAGCAGGACAAAGUCUCAGCAUAAGGUAAUUGCUCCUUACUGCAAUCAGUACCUUGAGAGCGACAAUUUGAUAUCCAAACUGAAGUUUACAAAUUAUACGAAAUUUCGGCCGAAAAUGGGAAGAGUCAACAUGAGCGUUGCUCUCAAAAGAAAUGAGAAUAUUGAAAGCUCCCUUCACUGGGACUACAAAGAGAAAAGGAAUGCUAGCAACACUCAGGAAGGUUUAGUGUGUCUCAACACUGUUGUCCUGUCUGAGAAGCCCAAAAUGAAGGCGAUAGUUAAUUUCACAUCUAGAGAUUACCACCAUAGCUUAAAAGCUAGGAGGUCUAAGUCUAGGAUCUGAGAAGACACAACAGAUUAUUCUUACAGGAAAUAUACCCGAUAUAAUGACUGUUUGACCGAGAAUACAGCUAAUGUGGUAGAACCUCAAAAAGAGAUACUGGAGGGCCAUCAAACUUCUCUAAACAGAGACAUUCCCAUGAUGUUUAAUAAUUUUAACAUCAAGACCAUCUUCAAGAACGAGUCACUGCAUUCUUGAGGAGUUCAUAUUUAGUGAGGAUGGCAGCCAUCUAGCCAAAAAGGGGAGGCUCUUCAAUUGCACUCUUAGCCAUCGUCAGCAUAAUAAGAGCAAUGAAUCCCAGAAGCAUACGAAUCUCAUGAGCUACAGGAAGAAUCAAAACCGAAGAAGUUUAAACAAAUCUUGAAAUAUACAAAUCAGGAAAACUAACACUUCUUGGAGCACCAGAAAGAAAUAACCCUGAGAAGUUGAGGUCAAACAUGAAGGCUAGGCUCGGAGGUGGGUAUACCAACGGGAUCCUGGCUAAGAAAGACUUUGGUAAACUCGUAGAACCUCUGAAUACCUCACAGGAGUUGACAGGGGAGCUCAAUAGUCCUGACAUCUUUACUAAUACGACUAGAAUCGAUCUUCAGAAGAACUUCAAGAAUACUUUGUACUCUCAGAGCUUCAAGCGCAAGAUUCACAAUAUGACUAAAGGCAGCUCAAGGAAAACUAGGGAGAAGCACUUUGUAAAGCUGAACGAUCUUACAAAGAAUGAUAUUACCAAGAUCAUCUCUAACAAUAUUGGUAAGAGUAACAAGAGGCUUCAGAAGCGAGGCGAUCUCUCUAAAAUUGUCAAUCAACAGAGUAUAUAUGUUGAUAACUCUCCAAGCUUGGUCAAUAAGGGGCUCCUUUCUACUGUACAGAAGAAGUACAAAGCUCCGCCUGUCUCUUCAGUAGAGAAGGAGCAAGUGCCCACUGAUUAUGCGUCAAUCAUGAAGCCAAACAUUUUAUAAAUCUGGA